AAAUUACCAAGUAAAUCCGUACCAAACGCUCAGUGCAAUGAUACGGGCCUAAUCUCUCGGGUCAAGUUCACACAAUGUUUACACAUUAGCAAAUUGUUAAAAAAUCUCAGUCAACGCCGCCUCGCGUGAUUGUUAGCUUGUUAGUUUAUUGUAGGUUGUUGAUAAUGUUAUGGUUGUUAGUGCUUCUGUGUUGUGCUUUAUGUGGCAGCGAGGAGGACUUAGGAUAUAGUCUUAGUAUUGGAAACGCUAUUGAUGUGUUUGCGAAUUAUGGCGACCUCUCCCAAGUCACGCAAGUAGUUUCAGCAGACUACGAAGAUGAGGAUUAUGAUCCCAUAGAACCCUUUAGGGAGAAGAAUAUACGAGUGUUUGAAAACGUCAGUAGUAUCAUCACACCUGGCGAUACAAUGGUAAACAUGAACCUCCAUCUCUGUGAAACAUUCGACGAUCUUCUUCAAGUCUACUUCAAACACUUCCAAAUAGAAGGUACAGACGUUCCGUGGAAGGCAUUUUUAGGUGAUUGGAUUCCAGAUGAAAUUAUGCGAGCAUUCGGCAUGGAGUACGAUCCACGGCCAGACGACUGUUGCUACGUUCUCGUCACAUUAUCUAAAACUAAAAAUUCCGUACGAAUAAACACAGAACGGACCAUUAAAGUGAAGGAUUAUGUAUUUCGGGCGAUUGAGCAGCUUAACGCGUCUGAUGCGACGGAUUUGAGACGGUUUAUGAAGAGUUAUGGCACGCAUUACAUCGACUCAUACAUAACUGGAAAUUUUAUUUAUCAAGUUUUUAAGUAUAAACGAAGUGGUUACAACACACUUAAGAAUUUCAUAAGAUUACGAGAAAGAAGAAGGUCCAAUUCGGAUCUGAGGUUCUACUUUUCAUCAAUUUUUCUCAGACAAGUUGGGGAUAUUAGGAUUGCAAGUGGCAACAAGACAAUAGAAAAAUGGGCCCGAAAGAACUUGAGGGACAGUCAAUAUUUAUUCUCCAGACCGAGUCUUCUCAGGCUUCAUUACAACCGAAAUUUAGCCUUUAAGCUCAACGAAAUGAUGGAUAACGGGGCAUUACUUAGUCUUAACUUGAAAACACUCAAACCGCUAUUUAAAGAUACAUCUAUAGGCGAUAGAUUCGUUGAAAUAGUUGAAAAUGACUUGAAAUUAUGGGAAGUGAAUGCGUAAGAAAUAUGAGGAAUAGAGAAAAUCACAAAUUUCUUUCUUACCACCAAGUAUACACACGUGUACAGCAGACUCUCUACGUACAUUUUAACAGGAUGCUAAAUUUAUUAUUGAAUACCACGUAAUCGCUAUGCAACGUGUGCGCCGGCGCUGCGCAUAUUAAAAUUGACAGUUU